GCACGUCCUGAUGACGUAGGCUAAACAGGAAGAAGUCUGUGCUGCAGGUGUUUGAGAACAGCCUGGAUUCAUAUUCAUUAUGGAUAACGAGGUUUUAGACCUGAAGAAACAGCUUCAGGAGAAAGAUAAGGAGAUAACGGCUUUAAAACAGAAACUGGAUCAAAUCCAGAAGCAGGCUAACUCCAUACUAACAGUCUUACAAGAUAAAGUAUCUGACCUGCCUCCUCUGAAGAACACGACUUCGUUAAGUAAUGAAGAUAUACUGAGAUACAGUAGGCAGCUUCUCCUGCCGGAGCUCGGGGUUAAAGGUCAGAUAAAUCUUUCAAAGACGUCUGUUCUGGUGGUGGGAUGUGGAGGUUUAGGCUGUCCUCUGGCUCAGUAUCUUGCUGCUGCAGGAAUAGGGCGUUUGGGGCUGCUGGACUAUGAUGAGGUGGAGCUGAGUAAUCUGCACAGACAGGUGCUGCAUACAGAGCACACUCAAGGUCUGCCAAAAGCCCAGUCUGCAGCAGAUGCCCUCAGCAGGUUGAAUUCUACUGUGCAGUGUGUGCCAUAUCAUCUCCAGCUCUCAUCUGAUAAUGCCCUGCAGCUGAUCCAACAGUAUGACAUUGUGGCUGACUGUUCAGAUAACGUACCCACGCGGUACCUUGUCAACGACGCGUGUGUUCUUAGUGGAAAGCCUUUAGUGUCGGCUAGUGCCUUGAGAAUGGAGGGACAGCUGACUGUGUAUAACUACAGAGGGGGGCCGUGCUACAGGUGUUUAUAUCCUGUUCCCCCACCACCCGAGACUGUCACCAACUGCUCUGAUGGAGGUGUCUUAGGAGUGGUGCCGGGAAUCAUGGGCUGUCUUCAAGCUUUAGAGGUUCUGAAGAUUGCCUCUGGUCAAGGAUCUUCCUUCGGGCAGCAGUUGCUGAUGUUUGAUGGUCAGGAGGGCCGGUUCCGUUCCAUAAAGCUGAGACCUAAACAGAGCGGCUGUGCUGUGUGUGGAGAGAUGCCGACGGUUACGGAACUGCAGGACUAUGAGAGGUUCUGUGGCUCUGCUGCCACGGAUAAGUGUCGAAGACUAAAUCUUCUCACCCCAGAACAGAGAUGUUCAGUUCAGGAGUAUAAAUCCAUUGUGGACGAUGCUACACUUCAUCUUCUGCUUGAUGUUCGGCCAAAAGUGGAGGUGGACAUUUGCUGUCUACCAACUUCGAUCAACAUUCCACUUGCCAGUUUAGAGGAGCGGAAGUCUGAUCAGGUUUACAUGCUGAAGGAGAAGAUCAGUGAGCUGAAACAGCAGAUGAACACGGAAUCACAAGUACCAGUGUUUGUGGUGUGUAAACUAGGGAAUGAUUCUCAGAAGGCUGUGCAGAUCCUGGAGGAGAUGUCUGGAUCAGAAGUGGAGCAAAUCACUGUGAAAGACAUCAGCGGAGGCCUAAUGGCCUGGGCUAACAAGAUCGACCCCUCCUUUCCACAGUAUUAACUGACAUUUAUUGUUUGUACCCCCCCCUUUUUAAAUUAAAGCAUACAUUUUUAAACAUA